GACGGCAGUUCAGAUUUGUUCCGUUUCAUUUUAUUAUUAGAUAAAAAAAAACAGCCUGAAUGAGAUUUGACCCUCACCAGGAACCGUAAGUCGGUUCAAAGACCGUUUAUGUCGUGACCGUGACGUAAUCAGUAGAACGCAAAGGUGGUCGGAGUGAGACCUCUUGUUGGUCGCUUCCAUCUGUGGCGCUCCAAGGAGUCUGCUUGAUCAAAACCACGCCACGGAACCCGAAACGCCACGGUAACGGAGGUUUACCGGAGUUGAAGCCCGUUGAGCUCCUCUCGUACUUGAAUGCUGACACUGAAAGAUGGCAUCAUAGAGCUAACAAGACCAUGACUGAGCAGAACACCGAGGCGAAGCUGAAGAGCCUGCUGAAGCUAGAAAGGAUCCAGCUGUGGAAUCCUCCCUACACCGAGGAUGACAACCAGCCUGGACUGCAGCACCUGCAGGAGCUGGCAGAGCGUUACGCCCCUCUGCUGCGUCUCCCUGUGGUGGUGGUAGGGGGCGCCCUGGAGUCAAUCCGAGGUCAGGCUGUGAAGAGAGGGAAAGGAAACAAGACCUUCAGAGAGACGAGCGUGGCUACGCUGGAGCUGUUGCUACCCAGAGAAAACAAGAAGGAUCCAAAGAAGAAGACCUACCUGGAAACGAGGCUGGAUGUCCCGCUGCAGCAGGUGGCAGACCGGAUCUCGGAGGACUUUGGACUGAAACACAUCAAACUGAUCCUGAAUGGGAGGACUCUGAGGCUCGAUCAGUGCCUAGAUGAGCAGGGUGUGAAGAACCACAGUAAGGUGAUGGUUCUUAAAGUGAAUGAUGCAGAGCAGCUGAACAAGGAGGAAGAGGAGAAGAAGAACCAGAGCGAGAGCCUUCAGAGGACCCAAAAGGGCUUUCAGAUCCUGUCAGAGAGAGGCGUUUUUCUGUCAGAUGGUAGCGAGGAUCCAGAGACCAUGCCGUUCCUGGAGAUUGCAGAUCAGAAGGGGAACCCACUGAAGAUCCCUCAGGAGGAGAAAAAGGCUCUGAUCCUGGCCAUGGGUUUCCAUGAGAAGGGACGCUCUCUGAUGAAGAGGAGGCUGUAUGACGCCGCCCUGUGUCACCUGCUGCAGGCGGACCAGAACUUCAGUCAGUGCGGCUCGGCCCUCCUCAGCUCAGUGGACAACUACGCCGUCCUGCAGCUGGACAUCGUGUGGUGCUACCAGGCCCUGGAGGCCCUGUCCUGUCUGGAGGACGGGCGGAGUCGUCUGCAGAGAGCCGAGGAUGGGUUCCUCAGGUGUUACGGAGAGCAGCAGCAGAGGCUACUCAUGAUCAAGGGGACCUCGGGUCGGGAGGAGGUCCUGUUCCUGCGCCUGCAUCUCCUUCAGGCUCUCCUCUGUUACUUAGAAGGAGACGACGUCCAAGCCCGGCAGCUGCUCUCCAAAGUGGAGUCUCUGUUUGGACGUCUGUGUCCCACCUCUGAGGACAUGGCCCAGCUGAUGUCUUUGGGAUUCUCUGAGAGAGAAGCACGUCUCGGUCUCCGAGCGUGUCAUGGAGACCUGCAGCAGGCAGAGGUCCACAUCAGCAACCGUCGCCAGGAGCGCCAGGAGCUGAUGCAGAGGGAGAGACAGAAGAGGAGGACGAGGGUGGAGGCCAUCACCACCUUAACAGAGUUUGGCUUCUCCAGGAGGGACGCUGCCAGGGCUCUGCACUGCACAGAUGGAGACAUGGACAAGGCCUACGCCAUUCUGCUGGACUCCUCUCAGACCACAAUUAUCCCAGAGGAGAGCGUCAGUCCAGAGAAGGUGGAGCAGCUGCUGUAUCUGGGCUUUGAGAGGGACUCUGCUGAAGAGGCUCUCAGGCUGACAGGAGGAGAAGUCCAAUCAGCGACUCAGCUGCUGCUGGACAACCAGGGCGUCCUGUCCCCACCCUCAGCCUCACCCACCUCUGAGGACACCAGCACGUCCUCCAUGUCCUCCACCUCUGCAGAGGACAACAAGCUGAUAAACGAGGUGCUGGAAGACAUCCCCCGUCAUGAAGAGGACUACCUGGAUCUGACGUUGGAGGAGGAGAGCGAGCUCAUCACUGCCCUGAAGACCUACCUGAGCUGAAGACGGAUACCCCCUGAUGGACCUUCUCUGGACCCUGCAUGUCCUCCUGAAGGUCAUCAUGGCUCAGCAGCUCAGAGCCAUGAGGAUGUUCUUGUUUUUUCAUGUUUUGGUUUUAGUGGAACCAGAUGUUCAACGUAGUGGAGAACCCGAAGGAACGUUUCUGCUGGAGGUUUGUGUUUGAUGCAACCAAUAAACUCUGCGUUUUAACAAA